UCGAUCGACAAUCCCUUCAAUUUUGAUAAUAUUUUCUCAUUCUUCUCACCCGCAGACCCUUCCUCUUUUCUGACCUCUUGCUCUGUUUUCUGCAAUGCCACCAACGUCAUCUUCUGCCAUGGAAACUCGCAGAGAAGGGGAUGUCCUAACGAGAGCCAAGAUGUCAUGGAGGCCAAGGGAUAUAAUUCUCCCAUGUUUCUUGCUCUUCCAUCUCCUACAAACCCGUCACUGUUUUGCAACAGACACGAUCAUUGCAGGCCAAUCUCUUACCGGAGGCCAAACAAUCACCUCUGCCGGUGGGAUAUUUGAAUUGGGAUUCUUCUCUCUCGGCAACCCAAGCAAGUACUACAUAGGUAUAUGGUUCAAGGAGGUCCCGACUGAUCAUGUGGUGUGGGUAGCCAAUAGAGACAAGCCUCUUCAGGGCAACACAUCACAGUUCAUGAUCACGGAGGACGGCAACUUGGUCAUUAGGAACCAGUUGGACGCCACAGUGAUUUGGUCCACCAACCUGAAUCCAACCUCAUCUGCGUUCUCAAGAGCUGCUGUUCUUCUAGACAAUGGUAAUCUCGUUCUGAGAGAUGGGAAUUCAUCUGGUACUGUCAUGUGGGACAGUUUCAGUCACCCCACAAAUACUUUGCUGCCAGGUGGGAUCUUGAGGCUCCACCAAUUACUUUUUUCAUGGAAGAACACAGAAGACCCUUUCCCUGGACAGUUCAGUCUAGAGUUUGGCCCAACUGGAACAAACCAAUCUAUUAUACUUAGGAGCAGGCUGCAGAACUAUUGGAUUACAGGGGUUUGGAAUGGUCAACUAUUUAGUGGGCGGCCCGAGAUGGGAGCCAAUCUCAGCGACAACUUCAGCUUUGUUAUAGAUGAGGCCGGGAAGUACUUAACUUACACAGCCUAUAACAACAGAACCUUGUCGAAGCUUAUGAUGGAUGUUUCUGGGCAGAUCAAGCUGUUGGUAUGGGUCAAAGAGGCUAAGCAGUGGAAUGUUGCUUGGGCACAACCCGGAGAGCAGUGUGCUGUUUAUGAUGUCUGUGGAGCUUUUGGGAUCUGUAAUCAGGAUGAUCGGACUCCUUGCGAAUGCGUGAACGGGUUCAAACCGACGUCUGCUAAGGACUGGGAGCUGAAUGACUGGUCUGGAGGGUGCAUGAGGGAGGCCAAAUUGCAGUGUGGUGGUGAUCAGUUUUCUCUGCUUUCAAGGAUGCGAUCUCCUGAGAAUCCUGAUACUGUAACGGCAGUGGGAAGUGAAGGUGGGUGUAAAUCAGCAUGCACAAAAGAUUGCUCUUGCACUGCUUACUCUUAUCAGGGCAGCAGGUGCUCAUUAUGGAGGGGAGAUCUUUUCAAUCUCCAGCAACGCUCUAAUGGCAGUGGAGAUGAUAUCUACAUUCGUGUUGCAAGCUUGGAGACCUCCAACGGCGGGACUGAUGCAGUAAAGACCCCUUCUCUAUUCAAUGGAAGCUUAACUGACGAUGGAGCGAGAAAACGAUCCCGAGUUAGACUUUUGUCAACUAUUAUUGCAGUGCCAAUUACAUGUGGUGUUGCAGUGGUGGCUAUUUUUUGGCGGUGCAAAUCUAAGACAACUGUUGUGAGAAGUAAAACUUUAUCCCAUGGGCCAGUUGAGGUUGAAGAAUUCAAGAGAGCGGCAGGAGGGACGGAGUUGCCAUUGUUUGCAUUACGGGCUAAGCUUAAAGAAUCCAUGAGGGCGAAUAGAGGACCUGAAUUGCCAAUAUUUGCUCUGAAAGCUAUCAUGAAGGCUACCAACAGUUUUGCAGAAACGAACAAACUUGGGCAGGGAGGCUUUGGGGCUGUUUACAGAGGUAAGCUUGCAGGCGGGAAAGAAGUAGCUAUGAAGAGGCUGUCCAAGGGUUCAAAACAAGGUAUAGAGGAGUUCAUGAAUGAAGUCGGGGUAAUAGCGAAGCUUCAGCACAGAAACCUGGUCCAGCUAUUAGGAUGCUGCAUCGAGGCAGAAGAGAAGAUUUUGGUUUAUGAGUACAUGCCCAACAAAAGCCUGGACACGUUAUUGUUCGAUUCAACUCUCAGCAAGCAGCUGGAUUGGGAGAAACGCUUUGAGAUACUAUUGGGGAUUGCCCGAGGGCUUCAUUACCUUCAUCAAGAAUCAAGACUGACGGUGAUUCACAGGGACCUCAAAACCAGCAAUGUCCUGCUAGAUGGCUUGAUGAACCCCAGGAUUUCAGACUUUGGUCUGGCCAGAAUCUAUGAUGGCCGUGACAAAGCUCAAGUCAAGACCCAGCGGGUGGUGGGGACUUACGGAUACAUGUCACCUGAAUAUGCGUUGGAAGGACGAUACUCCACGAAAUCUGAUGUCUUUAGCUUCGGGGUCAUAGUCCUUGAGGUCGUCAGUGGACAGAAGGUCUCCCAUUUCCAUAACGCCGAUCACUCCCUCAAUCUUCUUGGACAUGCAUGGAAACUCUGGAAUGAGGGCGCAGGGCUGGACUUGUUAGAUCAUCUGUUGUGCAAGUCUUGCUCCCUGAGUCAGGUGAUGAGAUGCAUCAAUGUGGGCCUGCUCUGCGUUCAAGAAGAUGCAGCAGAUCGGCCAUCCAUGUCCUCUGUCGUGCUCAUGCUUGGCAGUGAGUCUGCAAAAUUGCCUAAACCCAAACAGCCAGCCUAUUCUUAUAGAGGUAAAAGUUCAGAAGUGGGUUCCUCUUCUAUAGAAAGUGAAUCCGCAGCCAAGGAAGACACAAUCUCUGUGCUGGAAGCUCGGUGAAAACGUCAGUGCAUAAUCACUUUAUUCUGCAAGUUUUUCCGCUCUUUUCAUGUCUUACUUCAUCCGCAAGUUCAUCUUUUCGAUCUUGCGGACAACAACAUGAUGAAGUCAAGAACGUGAUUCCAGGAGACGACGCCAAAGCGGAUCUCAGAAAACAAAAUGAAGAAGUCCGGACUUGAUCUAGGGUCUUUCAAUUAACACCCUUCACAGACCCUUCCUGCCACUUCUUCACUAUCUUUAAUGGUAGCAUCAUAAAUUAGCUAUCAAAGUCUUUUCAGCAUGAAUGUCAGCCAGCAAGACCACUAAUUAGAAUUAGUGGUUGUGGCGCUUCUUGAGCUACUAACGGGCCUCAUGCAUGCAUGUUGCAGUGAGCCAAAACUUAAAGAUGUCAUUGUUUCACUGCGAAUAGAACAAUGUUACCUGAAUUGA